UUUGAGUAGCUUUCAUUGAUUUUGUUUUGUUUUACGUUAAGUGCCUGUGUCACCCAUAUUAAUUCGGAUGCAUUUGGAUUAGAUUAACGGAAGUUCAAUAAGAAAAUUUAUUGGUGGCCAUAGGAAUUCGGUGGCAAAUUCCAAUUUCUGUGUUGUGAUUAAUCUGAUCUUCUACUGCUGUUGGAUAUGUUGCCCUAUGCUUCUGAUCUCGCGGCCAUCAGGAAACUGCUGGAGGUGGAGAGCGGUUGCGGGAGUGCGGGCGGCGUCUGCCCCACCUGCAAGAUGCCUUUUGACAAAGGCAAAAAAAGGAAGCUCAUCGACACCUGCGGCCACGAGCGCUGCUACUCUUGCAUGUUCCGCAACGAAAGAUGUCCAUUGUGUGUCGCCCAGGAGACCACUCCCAUGCCGGUAGCCAAAAAGAUGACUGGAUUCACUCCACCCCCAACGCCUAUGCGCAACUCUCAGCUAGAUCUCCACGCGGACAGCGCGGAGCAGUGCCCGCCCCCACAAUACUCAUGUCGUCCUAAACCAAAACUAGCAUCUGUCAUGAGAAGUUAUGAUGGUGAAAAUUGGCCGUCCGCUCCAAGUCGCCUGCCACGACCUACCAGGUCAAUACUCGAAAAUGGUCCUAUGACACAGAGCUGCCCUACUCCACCUCAAAGCAGAAGAAGGUUCUUCCUAAGUCCUAAAACUAUGAGGAGUCCUUUUGCUUUGCGAGGCAACAAAGUUCAAUCCGUAGACAGCAAUGGUCUUUCAGAUGAGGAAGCAGGGUCCUUGAAGGGAUCAGAGAAAGAACAAGAUCCAAAAAAGUCGAGCCAAAACGAUUUGUAUAUGCGUUUGGGACUGUUAUUGGGAGAGGGAGGGCCUACUCCGCUGCGUCCAUUUCGCAGUGGUCCUCAGGCUUCAAGCCGAGGUGGUGAUUCCGUCUGCUCGCUUACCAGCCUAGAAGCCAACACCCUUGCCUCGGACAACACGAGCCCAAUUUCAACGUUAACAGGCUCCUCAGAGGUGGAAGUUCACUCCCACAGCCAUGAAGAGAAGAAACAGCCUCUGACUGACAGUGUCGGAUCUCUGAUGUCAAUGUCCAGCCAUAGUUGCUCGUCCAGCCCUCUUGCCAGGAGGCACUCCAUCACCAAUUUACAGCGACAUGAUUACCAUGAAGAUCAGAAUGUGAACAGGUAUUCCAGGCGGGCAAAACAGCUUCGAUCUAUGAGGUCUCACAAAGGACUUGCAGACCCCAAAGCUUGUUUUGCACAUCAUAAAUCCCAGCAGCUCGCCAGCUUGAAGCCUCUAACGCUGAAGCCUUUGUUCUUUCAAGUGCCUCUUGAGGACCCGAAUCCUCUGUUCCUGGGUCGCGAUUGGUUAGUGAAUGAAAUUGAAGAAACUCUAAGUUCCAGCUCGCCGGCUGUUAUUAUCCAUGGAUUAAGUGGGGGCGGUAAAACUGCUCUCAUUUUGCAACUGGUCAAGAGUUCAUGUUUUGGACAGUCAAAAGAGUCUUCAAACAUAGAUCCCUGUACGUGCAAUAUUAAAGAUAGGCCAGCUUCUCCCUCUAGUCUUCAAUCAAUCAACUGCCAAGUUAAUCUAGUCCCUGAAAAAAUAAAGCAGCUAGCUCAACAUGUGGUUGCAUAUCAUUUCUGUCAGGUUGACAAUAAUAUUACAUGUCUAGUUCCUGAAUUUAUCCAUUCAGUAGCAGCGCAGAUGUGUCAAGCGCCACAGCUAACGGCUUACAAAGAAUAUUUGCAAAACGAAACACAUCUUCAGAAUGUGUUGUCGAUGAAAGAGUGUAUAGCAGACCCUGACGAGGCUUUGAUCCGCGGUGUAAUAGAGCCGUUGUGUAUUUUAAGACGCAUCGGAAAAAUCCCUGCUGGUCAAACAUGCGUUAUACUUGUGGAUGCUCUUUGUGAAGCAGAGUAUCAUCAACCAGAUGUAGGUGACACCAUUGGCUCAUUUUUAGCUAAACAUUUAGUUCAAUUCCCAUCCUGGCUCAAAGUUGUUGCAACGGUUAAAUCUGACAUUAUGGAAAGCAUCCCCAGUUUUUCUGCUCAAAAAAUAAGCCUUGAUGAAGGUUCUACCAACACUGAGCAUAUCCACAAAGAUCUUUUAGGCUUCAUCAAUCAUCAGGUCCUAAAUAGCACUUUAAUCCAAAAUAAUUUAGUGCAAGGUGCGGCAGGGCAACUUAGAUUCUGCCAACACUUACUUAAAUUGACGAAAGGCUCCUUUAUGUUCGCUAAAUUGAUACUGGAUCUAUUUGAAAAAGGACAGCUUGUGGCAAAGUCUGCAAGUUAUAAGGUGCUGCCUGUAACUCUGAGCGAGAUUUAUCUUCUUCAUUGCAAUCUGCGAUUCCCAUCAACUCAGUCUUUUGAGAAGGUUUGCGGUAUUUUAAGUGUAUGUCUUGCUGCACUUUAUCCUUUGACACUGAUCGAAAUAUAUUACUCUGUCAAUGCCCUCAAUCGAAGUAAUUUUGUUCCAUGGGAUGACUUUCUACAACGCUUCAAGCUGCUGUCGGGAUUUCUAGUAAAAAGAAUUGACAAUACUUACAUGUUUUUCCACCCUUCAUUCAGGGAGUGGCUCAUCAAAGGUCUUGAUGGAGAAACCCAUAAAUUUAUCUGUGAUCUCAGAGCUGGACAUGCUGGCAUUGCAUUCAGACUCUCUCGUCUGCAGACACCCCUGGAUGCAGAACGAACAUUGGAACUAGGACAUCACAUUUUAAAGGCCCACAUAUACAAGAACAUGACUCUUCACAAAAACUCACCUCGAGAUCUGCAAUCACAUUGGGUCGCCCUAUCCUCCAAGGAUGUUUCUGAGGCAUUAUGCUAUAUAAGAAAUAUUUAUAGCCCGAACGUCAAGGUAUCACGCCUUUUACUGCUCUCUGGUGCAUCCCCAGAUCACAUCACAAAUCUCCUUGGCAGUGCUCCAGCUCUGUGCCUGUUUGCUCAAGAAGGCAUGACAGAGAUGGUCGGAAUGCUCCUUGAAUUCGGUGCAUCCAUCAACUUGGCUAAUAACCAAGGCUCCACUGGGCUGUGCCUGGCUGCAAGCAACGGGCAUACAGCUGUUGUUCGCCAAUUGGUGGCAGCAGGAGCUGCCCUUGGCAGAACGGAUACCUCCGGAAGGUGUGCUUUAGUUCAUGCUGCCCGCAAUGGACAUCUAGAAGUUAUCGCCUAUCUUCUAGCCUGUGACUGGGUGCUCACAACUGAUAGGAAACUGAAUGUGUCUUCAACAUGCUCAAAUGAAGUAGAACUUGAGAAAGCUACUCAACAAGCUCUGGUAGCAGCUGCCUCGCAAGGACAUAUUGAGAUUGUAGAGUAUUUAUUAGAUUUGGCUUCUGUGAAACCUGAUGAGCCUGAUUCAUUGACUGGAGAAACUGCUCUUACAUUGGCAUCUUGCAGAGGAGAUGUCAAUCUAUGCUCUGUUCUAUUGAAUCGAAAUGCCAGUAUUGAUGCUGUCAAUUGCAAGAAUAAAUCUCCAUUGAUGUUGGCGGCGAGAGAAGGGCACUGGGCAGUGGUUGAGCGGCUGCUUCAACACUUGGCACCUAUAGAACAAACAGAUGAUCAAGGACGGACUCCUUUGAUUCUGGCAGCAGGGGAAGGGCAUGUUGGAAUUCUGGAGCUGCUACUAGAAAAAGGUGCUAAUGUAGAGCAUGAAGAUACAGAUGGAAUGACAGCUCUUACGUGGGCAAGUAUGCGUGGAAGAAUGCAAGCAGCCCAGUGUCUUUUAGACCAUGGAGCUCUAAUUAAUUGCGCCGACAAAACAGGUCGAUCACCUCUAGACCUAGCUGCUGCACAAGGAAAUCCAAAUCUUGUACAGCUUUUAAUUGAUCGGGGUGCCAUGAUAGAACAUGUUGAUGUGCACGGAAUGCGGCCUCUAGAUAGAGCAGUCAGCUGCCGAAAUCUGCCUGUCGUUCAGUGUUUCCUCCGCAAAGGUGCUAAAUUGGGACCAAUGACCUGGCAGUUGUCCUCUGGCAGACCUGAUAUCCUGUUGGUGCUAUUAAACAAACUGUUGGAAGAUGGAAACUUCCUUUUCAGGAGAGGGCAUUUAAAAGACGCUGCUCAUCGUUACAACUAUGCUUUGAACAAAUUCCCAUCAGUGGAUAAAUUAGAUUCCACUUUCAAGCAAUUAAGGGUCAACUUUCUUCUCAACUAUUCAAGGUGUAAAAGGAAAAUGAAUGAUCCCAAAGAAGCUGUAGAGCUUGCCUCUCAAGUUUUAAAAUUUAGACAAGACUCGUUUGAAGCAUAUUAUGCACGUGCAAAGGCAAAAAUUGACCUAAGGCUACUGGAUGAUGCUGCAAGUGAUAUUGAAGAAGCUUUACAUCUGGUGCCGUUCAGCAAUAAGCAAGUUCAUCACGCUCUAAGGAAAUUGCAAGAUGACAUCAAAGUUAUGAGUCGCCAAACUUCUAUUGGAAAUUUCAGCCAGUCAGAAACAAGCCUUUAAUUUUGUUAAAAUAAGUUAUUUUUAUCUCUCAUAGAAGGUGCUUUUUUUCUCUGUUUGGAGAUAUUAAUCAUUGAAUAUUUUUAUUGUUACAAAAAGUAUGACCGAACGUUUGGAAAAAAAUAACAUUUUUCCCCUGCAUUUACUCAAAGCUCCAGAGAUUGUUAGUUUUGCUCUUAAAUUUUAUCCUCUUGCGUAUAUUUUUGUGAAAGAAUCUGAUUAAUUUGUUCCUAUCUAUUUUUCUCAUAACUUUUUAAAUAAUUUUUUUUCUGAAAUUUAUUUUGAACUGUUUGUUUUGUAACUUGAAUUGUGCCUCUUAGCUAAUAAGGUCUGAGUCAAUGAAGUAAUCUUUAAUUUUUACUGGGUUCCUUCUGUCAAAGAUUCCAGGACCGGUUCUACCAACUUCAGUCUCUGGUCAAAUGUAAUCUCUUGUCCUAGCAAAACUUAAAAUGCCAUUUUUGAGGCUUGUACAUAUGAUACAUUUAAUGGUCCGACUUUACAUGAUGAGACAUUUUAAAACUGAGUCUUAACCUCUGGUUAAUAUUUAUCAGGUACUGAAAGUACGUGUCAAAUUUUAGGUAGAGGCUAAACACACAACAAGAGGUGAUGAAUCCAGACUUUCAGAGAUGACAAGGGCAUUUAAUUUCUUGAGUGCUAUUUUAAGGCUCUAUUUUGGAGGAAAAAAAGAAGUUGAUUUUGAAGGCGUGUUUUUUUCUGAAUAGAUUCUAUUUUUUCUUAUUUUUAAUGCUGUAAUAUCUGAACUUGAUUUAUUUAUUGUGUUAAUUGCAUCAAAAUGUCUAUCUUUGCCCUAUUUUCCUGUUGAUAAACCAGCUAGUUUUUAGCUCCUCGCAUUAAUAUCUCUCUGAGAUGGCAAAUGAAAGUGGCAAAGAAAGUUUUCCUUGUGCCUUUUCUGUUUGUGAGAUGUGAUUUUAUUUUUUUUCUACGUUAAAAUAAAUUUUAGACUGAUUUUUUAUGUA